UAAAAUACGAUACACGGCAGGAAUGAAUCUCACCAACCGAAGCUUUACUGUGAGCCGAUUCUGAGAGUGUUUCGCGACGAAAUCUCAACAUUUCUCUCGAUUUCAGUCAAUGAAUCAAAGCACAGAUCGAUGAGGAGGACGUUAUAAGGCGUCAAAGGGAAUUUAUUUCACUCUCGGACGACUUCCGCGAUCCUGCGCUCAAAACACUGAAGCGAGUCUAUGCGGUCCUGAAUGUGGUGAGUUAUGCCUGGCCACAGCACAGGAACACAUCACAAGAUGCGUCCUCACAGCUCGAGCCGUUCGAGGGCUGAUGGCUACAGGCAAAGCCGCACCAUGCAAGACACGUACAAAGAGCACUACAGUGAGCAGCCUCGAAGCGUGGAUGCACAAUUUCCCCGUAAAACCCAUCCUCACUACGCCAAUGGCCGAGCUUCAGAAACCCUGGGCUUCAUACCGGGCUCUGCAGACUCGCCGCAGGGCACUCAAGCCUGUGGUUCUUGUGCCUCCCUUGGCUGGAGCGGUUGUAAAGCUCUACUGUGUUGCAUUCUCACCUGUGGGCUCUACGGGUCUCGCAAACCUUGUCUGCCGCCCAACGAGAGCUCCACUGAUAACCCGCUGAAAGCCGAGCCAGAGCCACGGAAGCCCAACGGUCUGGCGCUGUCCAACCCAACAUGUGGCGUUGAACCCAGCAAGCCGAGGCAGCUCCCCAGCUCUAACAGCUUCAGGUAUCAAGACGUCUGCAUCGGCGGGAAAAAGGUGGAGUACACCGUCAACUCGGAGUCACAUCCGCGACGGACCAGGAGAGGGAAGGGGGAUAACCAGAGGCCAAUCAGCAACACCAGCAUAUACUCAAGAGACGAAUUGGAUCUCGAUGACCUGGAUGAUGGUGGCACCGAUAUCGACUCGCUGAUCACUAAAAAGCUUCUGGAACUUUAUAAAAUGCACCAGAUCGAGCAGCUGGCCAAGUGCACGUCCGAAUUGUCCUUCUCUCGUAAAACCAACGAGAUCAGCGACCUGAUCAACAGCAUCGCUCAGGACUAUAACUUAGAAGAGCAGGAAGCCGAGUGUCGGUUGGUGCACGGCGUCAUUCGCAUCAGCACCCGCCAUAAGACAAAUAAAGGUAAAGGCAAAGACAAUAAACCGCAGGAUGCGAUACAGCAUGCUAACGGUAGGAGCGAUGGAACGCUGCCUGAUAGUGGCAAUGAGACCAUGACCCUCACCUUUAGUGAUGUGGAACCCGAGAUGCAAGUGUCAGAAUCGACGACCUCAGAUCUGCUCGCCCGAAAUAUUCAAAAUGAAAUGAGAGGAUACAGCGGGAAAAAUUUUUGCUCCAGCUCAGCCACGGAUUCAUCAGGAGUGCCGUUAUUGCACUAACACCCCUUGCUGUUUCCUCUCCAAUAUUAAUUCCUACUUAGUGUUCACUGUGCUCCUCCCGUAUUUCAGUGAAAGCAGUGGUUGUGCUGAGGAGACUCUGUGUUUGUCUGAAUGGCCAAAGACUGCGGUCAACCACGCAUGUUCUGUUGCGGUCCUAUAGAGUGUCUAAUGUUAAACAUGGGAGCCUGUUGCAAAAACAAAUGUUGUAGGUGGACUUGAUGGGUUUCUUCCUACUGCACUCACCAGAAGCCAUAUGAUUAGUUACAAAAGGGACAAGUGUCCUGACCAACUCAUUGCCAUCUGGUAUUUCUUUGUGUUCUUUGUCCUAUAUGUGGCGAUGUAUCCGGCGAGGGGGUUUGGUUUAAGCACUGAUUAAUGGCAACGAUGAGACGCUAUGCUGUUGCUAUAGAUCAGACCGCUUUACUGUGGCAGCCCGUCCUGCAUGUGUCAACUCAGAAUAUUUUGUAUUCCAAUGUUGCUAUUUUUCUGAAAUAUGUAAUGCAAGUUAAUGUUGUUUUGGUACUGCUCACUUUAUGACAAGACUGUGGAAUUUUUGUCAAUGUUUUUAAAUAAAGAUUCUUUUCUUUUUUAUCUAAAUAAAAUGGAAACUUCCCUGUUUUUUUGUUCUUUGAACCAUUACACGGUACCUGCAUCCUUUUGUGUUUGAUAUAGCGUGCAUGUCAACUUUUACAACACAGUUUGAGCUGCAUUGCAUCAAACAUAUUUACACUUGUACGUGUUAACCACAAUAAGUCUCUCUCGCUCUUUCCUGUGCAUUAUUUUUCUCGGAAGGCUGCGUCGGUGUCUCCUCCCUGUUUCCCUCGGGUCACUGUGCUGUGAACCUGUUUGGCUGGUUUGACAGAAGAAAGGAAAUAAUAUCCUAGUGUUUGUUGGAGUUGUACAUUGCGGAGGAGGGGCAAAACUCCAGUGAAAAUUCCCCUCGCAACUGUCCCCUUUAUGACACCAUGCGGCCUGUCGUCACACUGUUUUACUUUCAGGAUAUGCCAAAUAAUGUUGAUGGUCAUUUAAUGGAAGAUAUCCAGGAUAAACGUUCUGUCAGACAUGUUUUCAUAAUGCCGUCUGUUAAUAUAAGUGAUCUUGAAGUGAAGUUGUAGCACUUUGCAUUGUAACAUUUCACAUUAAUAUUCAUUGUGUGUAAAGAGAACAAAUUAUUUGCAUUAUCAGUUUUGAUUUUUCACGUGAAGUUCGUAAUAGUCCCCUCUAUAUUUGUCUUUACAUUUACUAUCUUGAUGUAUUUUAGGCUUUCUUGACGGACGGCCCAUUCUGUAUAUCCUUUUGAUAUAUUAACCAAGCUAUUGA